AUGUCAUCGUCAACCAUCCGCCGUAUGACUUCCCGAUCACUCCCUCUAAUCGCCGCAUCCGCCUUAUCAUUCACCCUUUACACCGUACAUACAUCCUAUUCCCCUUUACUCUCUGAAGCACCUGAUUCAUUCUCUACAUCUGUCAAGAAGCAGAAAGCCGCUUUAGCUGCUCCAUUCACCUCGUAUGGCUGGGGAUCAAACAAGAACUUGACGUUAUUUCCCGAUGGACAAAUUACCAAUGUCAAAAGGCCAUUACCACUGGGACAGCUUGGGUCAACGCCUCUACGCGACUUAGUGUUAGCAGAAGAUUAUGGAGCUUGUGUUGAUGCAAGAGGAGAUCUGUGGAUGUGGGGUAGCGGAUAUGAUCCCACUGGACAAGUGGAGAAGUCGCUAAAAGGCAAGAGCCUGAGAACGCUUGCAGCCGGCCCUGCGAAACUAUUCGCCUUAUCGAAACAUGGUCAACUAUACGUGGUUCCCUCGUCAAAAUCUUUGCAAGCUGAUCGACAAGAUAAGUCAAGUCAAUCUUGGUGGUCUUAUCUCUUCUCGACAGAUCCAGGGGUUGAUUUCGUCGAACUGCAAGUUACAGGAGGGUUGAAAUGGGGUGAGAAGUGGGAUGGUCUUUCAGUUGGUCGAAAUCAUUUAUUAGCAGUGACAAAUAAAGGUCGAACUUUUUCAUUACCUUUAUCAACCAAGGCAAACUCUCACAGACAAUUAGGUACUAAAGAGGAAUUUGAAACUCCAGAAGUAACUCCAACAUUAUUUGGUCAACCUUUCCCUGCCGAAAAGGACAUUCGAUUCCAAACCACCCUAAGUGAAAUACCAUCACUAAGUGGAAUAGCAAUUGCUCAAGUCGCCGCAUCUGAAAGGACGUCAUUCGUUAGAACCCAUAAUGGACAUGUGUUAGGUUUUGGUGCAAAUGAAACUGGUCAAAUUGGUCUAGGAGCAACUUCAUCCGUUGAUAUCAUACCUGUGCCGGUAGAAGUUGUUUUAGCAAAGUGUUACCCUUCUGGAACGAAAGUCGAAUGUACAGAUAUCAAAGCUGGUUCAUUGACAACUUUCUUUACAGUCAAAAGGUUCUUCCCAGGUAGACAAGGUGUUUUUGUGGAUGUAUUAGGCUGUGGAAGUGGGAUCAGUGGUGCUUUAGGUACGGGUAUGUAUACUAGCGCUACUGGUAUGCCUGUAAAGGUAAAGACCAUAAGUGGAAAUCAAGAAUAUUCAGAAAAGGCCAAGACCUUCUUACCCAUCGGAGUUCAUAAUCUAUCCAUAUCACCAUCACCCAACACGCACGUUUACGCCACUCUCGAUACAGUCACGCUAGCGGACGCCCUAGGUGUUAAAGAGGGGAGAUACGGAAAAGACGUUAUGGCUUGGGGAGCGAAUGUGGAUUAUCAAGUAGGCAAUGGCAAAAGAUCAUCCACUGCUAUACCACAACAUCUACCGCCAAUAGGUCCUAAAGCUAUUGACGCGUUAGGCAUAGAUCCAAAACAAGAGGCUGCCUUGAGUUCUGGAACCCAAUCCCCUAUGCCUCAUUCAAGGCUGCAAUUGCAUGUGAAGAAAGCCAAUGCCUAUGAUUUGAACGGUAAAUUAAUUAGCAGAAAAGUCAAGUGCGAGGAGACUAUCGUAGCUGGAUACAAUGCUUCGGCCUUGUACAACAAGAUCAUUGACUAG